UACACCACCGUUGGACGGAAUGGCGUCAACACCGCCUGACGUUGACCUUGAUAGUGCAGGAACCGAGGUGUCAGAUUUUCCUCUGGUGGCUGUCCCUCCUUCUACUCCGCACAGCAAACUGAGAGAAUCAGCAGACGUUUCUACAAGCGACGCUUUUCAAUUGCUAGACGAACUGCUUAGUGAAGGCAAGGUGGGAGGUGAUCGAGUUGCCAGACUAAAAGCUAAAUAUAUGGAACUUCACAGCACACUCAAAACUACUCGUGAUCAUGAGACAGCUCUUAUACAGCAAGCAAAAGAGUACACUCAACAGGUUGCUGCUCAGCAAGCACAAUUAGACAAGGUUGAUCGAAUCUUAGAAAGCGGAGACACCUCUGAAGCUAUUCAACUUAGACGAGAAUUGCUAUCUCAUGUGAAUGAACUUUCACUCUCCGAGGAUCGAUAUGAGAAGUUGAUGUAUGAUAUAUAUCUACUAGAAGAAGACAGAAAGGAGGCUGAGAGGGAAUAUGACAGAACACUGAAGCCAGAGGAUCUUGAGCAGAAGAUACAGGAAAUCAAUAAAGCAAUCGAGAAGCUGAAGGAUGAAAUAAGUCAGAGAACACAGGAUUCUAAGCAGCUGCUUGAAGCAAUUGAAGAGCGACAGAGACUAGCAGGUCUUGCUGCAAAAGAAAUGGAUGAAGGCUUAUUUAAGCAGGUUAAGCUAAAGGAUGAUUUUGUGCAAGAGACAACUGCUGCUGCUGCAGUUGCUAAAGAACUGGAGACAUUGAAGUUAACCAAGAUCAAUGUUGAGGACCAGAAAAGCAGACAAGAAGACCUUGCUAGUCAAUUGGAUGCUCAGUAUCCUUACUGGAAAAGAAAGCUUUUCUUAGUGGUUUACGUAAACACUCAGCCACACCCCAAACCUUGGCAAUCUUUACGUACAGGCCUUUUGAUUGGGAGGGUUCACUGCCGCUUGAGAGGGAAAGUGUUGCAUUUUACUGGUUACACCCACACUAAGAAAAUGAUGUUUUCAGCUUUUAACGUUCUAAUGGGUAAUCGGUUGUCUUGGUACGUGUGGUAUGGAAGAUGGGAAUACUUUGCCAUGCCCAAAAUCUACAAGUAUGAGUCUUUUUCCUUUUCAGUUAGGCCAUCUAAAGAACUCCACAUGAUAAGGGUGACAUUUUGCAUGACAGGCCAGUGUUUAUUUGGGCAUAAUCCCGAUGCGGAAAACUUUGUUGCUGAUUGGGACAAAAUGUUGGCAAGAACACUGUCUUUUCUGUUUUAG